AUGUACUCCGACUUGGAGAGUGAUUACAUCAACCCAAUUGAGUUGUGUCAUAAGUUGAACCCAUGGUUCAUUCCCGAGGCUGGCUUGCAUGCCGUCAUGACUGUGCUUUUCCUUGUCAACGGAUACUGGCUCGUGUUCUUGUUGAACUUGCCAUUGUUUGCUUACAACAUCAACAAGGUGGCCACCAAGAACCACUUGUUGGAUGCCACCGAGAUCUUCAGAACCUUGUCCAAGCAUAAGAAGGAGAGUUUCGUCAAGUUGGGUUUCCACUUGUUCAUGUUCUUCUUCUACCUCUACAGAAUGAUCUUGGCCUUGAUCGGCGACUCGUAA